GAUUCAUCUGUUCGUGUCAGGAUGAGACCACCUCAGAGGGCUGAAGAUCGAAUGGAAGAGGCUAAUAAAUGAAUAUGAUGAUGAGCUGGGAGCCGAAAAUUUGCUAGGCGCUACACAAAAGUCGAUGCGUUAAGUAAAUAUGGAUGAGACGGUGCGCCAGAAUUAGUGUCUAUGACCAGGAGCAGCGCCGGCUCCGGGCGUCGAAUAAAAUCGAAAGCGAGUUCUUCAAGAUCAGGAAAGAAAGAAACAGAAUAAGGGAGCUACCCGUUGCGUGUAUGGGGGUAUCAAGUUGGUUGUUGCGAUGCUGAGAGUCAAAAAAGUGAUAAUGAGAGCGAGCAAGAAUGGAUGUGAGUGGGUGGGUGGGUGGUGUCGUGUACGUGUCGUCCGGUGUCUUCGUGAAUCUUCUUCGAGCGCUCAUCCCCUCCCUCUCCCCUCUCUCCCCCUCCUCCUCUUCCACAGCCCUGAAACCGCCUCUCCUCGAAUCACCACGUUCUCCUCCUCUUCCGUCGUCGGGCCAUCACUCAAACCGCGGCCGCUUCCCGUUCCCAUUCCCGUUCCCAUUCCCGUUGACGCCCACGCCCACCCCAGCACCUGCAAGCGCGCCCGCGGCCUGCUCGACCGCCUCGAACGCGUUCGACAGGCUCGGCGCGAGCAUCGCCGGCACGGGCCCUGAAUUUCCCGACGCGGCCGCGAGCAGCGCGUCGAAGCUGGUCGCGGCGCGCGCGAGGCGGUCGGGUGCGAAGAGAUGCUGGUGUUGCGGAUGGGGCUGCUGCUGCUGGUGUGGGUGC